UCAUGCAAAAUUUAUAAAAUUUAAAAUAUAAAAGUUAAACACAAAAAAGUUAAGUUAAGAAAAAAAAGUUUAGUUAGUUAGUUAGUUGUUUGUAACACUGAAGGAUUUAUUUCUGUUAAAUGAUAUUUAUAAGUUUAUGUAUUUUGUAUUGUCAACACGUCGCAAUUCCAUAGAACCCAUUGGGAGUUACUGAUGUAAGUAACAAAAAAAAACGACAACAUGGGUACUAAGCACGUAGCCAGAUGUCCCCACUAACCCUGAGGGUGGUGUUGAGCAUGCUGGUCAACUGGCAAUUGAGCGAGCAGUGUUGGUGGGGAGGCGGCCAGCGCACCACCACCAUGGAUCCGAUGGAACCCAUCAGCAACCACGGCGUCGGCCAGAAGGCACACAAGCCCAAGGACAUGUGGAACGGCUGGCAACCACCCCCUGGAAUGCCAAAUUUCACGACGUACGUGGCGGCCUACAAUAAAAGACUGGAGAAUAUACGGAAGAAGAAGGGACUGUAUGGAGCGCAGUACCCUAAGGGCAUGGGCCCUGGUAUGCCUGGCUCCCCGGGCUGGCCUAAGGGAUGGGUAGGUGUCGGGCCGGGCAACGAUGGCAACCCGCCGCCGCCGUGGUCCUACGUGCCCGUCAACACCGGGAAACCCAAGUUUUGCUUCGACCAACCCAUAUCUGGCGACUGCCCCGACGGAUAUCCCAAGACACGAUACGGAUAUAACCCAUUCAUGGACGAGUGCCAAGAGUUUGACUUUGUCUGCCGAGGCAACCAGAACAACUUUAAAACCAGGGAGAAAUGUGAGGAGAUGUGCAUGGGCGCGUCAGAGAGCGCGUGCGACACCCAGGGUUUGGGGACCAUCGAUGACCACUUGGGAUAAUUAUAACAAAGAGAUGAAUAUGCGUUUUUUUUAUUCACACUCGCUUUUACACACAUACAGUUAUACGUCUCUAUAAUUUACUUAUUAUAAUGUAUUCUUCUCUUUCAGUAG